AUGCCAUUCUCAAUUCAUUUUCGUAAUACUAUUCGCCAUUAUUUUGCGAAAAAACAUUCAAGUAUUAUUCAACAUUUGUCAAUGUGUCGAUGUCAACGUAAAAGAAAAUCAAAUAUUGUACAAAAGAUUAAUUCAAGUGAUAAAUCACAUUCAACAUCUAAACUAUUUAAUAAUUAUGAUAUGACUAUUUUACAUGAUGAUGAACUUAAUAAUACUCAAUUGAUUACACUACGUCGUCGUAAAAAGAAAAUUCCAUAUUGGGCAACAAAAGAUCAACUUCAAUUAGCAAUCAUAAAUCAAACUUAUUUUCAAGAUCAAAAUCCAGAAGAUAUAUUUGGUAGAAUAUUUAGUGUCUAUUCAAAACAUUCGAUUGUGAAUUAUGCAGGAUGUUUUAAAGAUAGUCGUCAUCAACGUAUAUUGAAUGGUCUUAUUAAACCUUUGACUUCAUCAUCUAUGACAAUUGUACUAUGUACGAAUUAUUGUGCUGAACAUGAUUUUAGCUUUGCUGGAUUACAAUUUAGAUCGGAAUGUUAUUGUGGUAAUCAUCUGGCAACGAAAACUCGAAGAGAACAAGAAAAUCAUAAUAUAUCGAACUGUUGUUCAUGGACGUGUUCAGGACAAUUGAAUGAAACAUGUGGUGGUCAUCUUUGUAGUUCAGUAUAUGCUAUUAAUAGCACUAAACAGAUGAAUUUUAUAGCUGCUACUCGUACUAGUUUACCCAUGUUACCAUCAGCCUGUCGAAGUAAUCCAUGUGAAUAUAGUGGAACAUGUAUUGAAAAUACAUUGACAUCUAUGAAUAAUAGUUCUUAUCAAUGUCAAUGUUCACGAGGUCGUAUUGGAAUUAAUUGUGAAUAUAUUGAUCCAUGUCAUUCAUCGGAUGUUUGUCCUCAUGGUGGUUGUAUUGCAUUUCCCGGAAAUGGUUCAUAUGCUUGUCAAUGUCGUUCGGAUACAUGUUCAUCACCACAAGCUAUUUGUGAUUCAUCAAAAAUAACAACAUUAACAUGUAAAUGUCCACCAAAUCAAUAUGGAGAACAAUGUGAAUUAGUUUGCCCAUGUCAACAUGGUGGUCGUUGUGUUAUUCAACAAGAUAAUUCAACUGCAUUAUGUCGAUGUGAUGAAUCACGUUUUUAUGGCGAUGUUUGUGAAGAAAUAUCACCAUGUGCAUCUCAACCAUGUUAUAUGGGUGGAACAUGUAUUAGAAAUGGAACGAGAUUUGUAUGUAAAUGUCCACAAAAUCGUUUUGGAAGUCAAUGUGAAAAAAAAUGA